AUGUCACCUGCCGAGGCCAUCCAGCAGGAUGCUGCUAGCCAGCCAUCUGCGGCCUCACCCAUCCUCCUGGACUCCUUACCGGUCGAGACGCUGAUCGAGAUAAUCUCCUAUACCGACUUCGACACCUUCGACAGCAUCCGCGCCACCAGCCAACGCCUGCGGUCCAUCACCGACCUGCACUGGUACCGGAUCCUGCCCGGCAUCAUCGAGCGCGACUUCCACCCGGUCCAGGAGUUCUUCGAGACCGUAUUCGACGCGGACGUGCCGUCGGGCAUGACCUGCGCCCGCCUGCUGAUGGUUUCGGACACGCUCGACGACGGCCUGCACCCGCUGCUGGGCUUCUGCCGCGUCGUCAGGCGCUGGGAGGCCGAGUUCCCGCGCCUCCGCUUCGCCAGCAUGCCCAUUUUGCGCGGGUUUUCCAUGGCCAUGCGACGUGCGCGGUGGAGAAUAGUUGGCGAUGCGAGGCGGGCGUUUAUGCGGCAGUUUUCUUCGGCGAGGUUGCAUGAGGCUUAUGAUAUGUGGUUUGUCAAGCCGUCGGCGGGAGAGUGUGCCCUUCGGUUAAUGCCAUUAUGGGACUUGAAUUGCUCCCUGACGAUGUCCUUCACCUACUUGUCUAUCGGCACAGUUGUUGACGAAAUGACCUGGCCCAGGAUCGAGGAGAGCCUUGCAACCUUUGGGGAAGCCACUAUGCACGUGUUUCGAGAACGCGGCUUGCCGCACCUUGGGCCCUUUUCCCAGGGUCUGUUUCCAGAGCCUCACGGGGGGAUACUCGAUUACAAGCACCCCCUACUGGAAAUGUGGCGUGCUGUGCACGAUGGUGAUGCUGGCGUAGGGGAUGCCAACUACCCCGGACUCUCUCGGAUCACUCGGCGUGGCAGGUUGGAACCGAACCUGUAA